UCCUCUUCAGUGCUCCGUUGGUCUUCGUACAGUGUUUACGCGUGCCGUACUACGUAUUUACUAUUUAUAUUACGCGCGCCGUACUUACGACCAUUCUCGCGCAAAGUUUUUGGUGCAUUAUUAAUUUAUUUUUUAUGUUUUUAAAAAUAUCCUAAUCGUGCGUCUCCGCCGUAAAACAGUCACGUGUGUCCAACGAGUAUUGCGAGUUGUGCCUGAUUGUUUCGUCGAUUAAUUUUUGUUCCGUCGGUGUGCGAUCCAUAUCGAAUCGUUCGCGUACGGUUAACGUGUAUAAUUUGUAUCGGGUUCAGUGCAAUAAUAUUAUAUCCGCGGAUAUACUGCGUUUUUUCGAUCGUUUCCCCGUGCGUGAGUGUUUGUGCGAUCUCGUUACUCUUUCGUUUUUUUUUUCCACGGCGGUCUUUGUUUAUUUUGUUCAACGACGUGUGCGCGCAUCCUGUGUAUACGAUUCGGUCCGUCCGUCCGCCGUCGAUUAAUUAAUAGAGUGAUAUUUGAUUUUGCGGCCAUGAGCUGCUAACACGUCAUGUACGCCGCAGCCACGAUGAAUGCAGCAGCUGUAGCGGCCGCUGCCCGGCACCCGGGCCCACCACAGCCGGGGCAGCCGUUCAAGUUUACUAUUGGCGAAUCAUGUGACCGGAUCAAAGAAGAAUUCAAUUUUCUGCAAGCUCAGUACCACACUACCAAAAUGGAAGUCGAAAAAAUCGUCCAAGAAAAAACCGAAAUGCAAAGGCAUUACGUGAUGUACUACGAGAUGUCCUACGGCCUCAAUGUGGAAAUGCACAAACAGACGGAAAUUGCGAAGCGCUUGAACGCCAUCAUCGCACAAAUAAUGCCUUUUCUCUCGCAAGAGCACCAACAGCAAGUAGCCACAGCUGUAGAAAGAGCGAAACAAGUGACCAUGACUGAACUCAACGCCAUCAUAGGGCAACAACGUCCAGAUCUGCCCAGGUUAUUGCAACAAAUGCACGCGCAGCAGCUACCGCAUGCGGGUCACGCGCCGCCCAUACCAAUGAUGCCUCAUCCCGGACUUCCGGGACCACCGGUAACCGCGUCCGCCAGCUUGCUAGGCUUGGCCGGUGCCGCCGGUUCCGCUUCUCAUCCGCUGUCCAUGCUGGGCGCCAAACCGACUGAUAUGCACAGGGGUGCCGAUUCUGACAAGCCUUCGUCCGCCAUCGGAUUAAGUUCAGCGGAAGAAAGACACAGGAGUUCAAUAUCACCUGCAGAAAGGGAGAAAUUUCGCGUCAGGAGCUCACCGGAUAUUGAACCGCACAAAAAAGUGAAAAAAGAAGAAAAAGAUUGUCACGCGAGCGAUGGUGAAAAAAGCGAUCAAGACUUGGUAGUCGACGAUGCCAGUGAGGACCCCGUCUCGCCGCUUAAUGGUACAGCCUCGCCCAGAGAAAACGGAAUUGACAAGUUACAACCCAAAAAGGAACACAUUGGACCACACAGCCCGCGGAGCGGGACUUCGUCCAAUGCCAGCACUCCCUCCACCAAGAAGAUGGAAGACAAACCUAGCACACCGAUAUCCAAAUCAAUCACGCCGACGAGCGGUGGAAGCGGUUGUAGCGGGGCCGCUGGCUCCUCAAUGAAACCCAUGGGGGUCAAAGGACCUUCGCUAGCGCAAUACCCGCAUUACCUGGCCGGGGGUGCAAAUCCGCAUGAUCUUCAAGCAGCUGCGGCUGCUGCAGGCGCUUACGGCGCCCUACACAACAACUUGCCACCAUCAGCUGCGUUAAACAGUUACCCUAGGCCGGCGUUGGUCGGUUACGAUCCUCACGCACAGAUGAGAGCACCCCUUGGACCUGGGCUGGGAAUUCCCGGCGGAAAACCGGCUUAUUCAUUUCAUGUGAGUGCCGAAGGCCAAAUGCAACCGGUGCCCUUUCCACCUGACGCAUUAAUGGGUCCCGGCAUCCCGAGACAUGCCCGCCAGAUCAACACUCUCGGGCACGGCGAAGUCGUGUGUGCCGUGACCAUCAGCAAUCCCACCAAGUACGUUUACACUGGCGGCAAAGGCUGUGUAAAGGUGUGGGACAUCAGUCAACCUGGGUCCAAGUCACCCGUAUCUCAACUAGACUGUUUGCAACGUGAUAACUACAUAAGAUCUGUAAAACUGUUGCCUGACGGCCGGACGCUCAUCGUCGGUGGAGAAGCCAGUAAUUUGAGCAUAUGGGAUCUGGCCUCGCCCACGCCGAGAAUAAAAGCCGAGCUUACUUCCAGCGCGCCAGCGUGCUACGCACUGGCCAUCAGUCCGGAUUCCAAGGUGUGCUUCAGCUGUUGUUCGGACGGCAACAUAGCCGUGUGGGAUUUACAUAACCAGACGUUGGUGAGACAGUUCCAAGGGCACACGGACGGAGCGUCGUGCAUCGACAUAUCUUCGGACGGUUCAAAACUAUGGACCGGUGGUCUGGACAACACCGUCCGCUCUUGGGACCUGAGAGAAGGUCGACAGCUACAGCAACACGAUUUCUCGUCACAGAUAUUCUCGCUGGGAUAUUGCCCUACCGGCGAAUGGUUGGCCGUCGGCAUGGAGAACUCCAAYGUCGAAGUGUUGCACGCCCUCAAACCAGACAAGUACCAAUUGCACCUGCACGAGUCGUGCGUGCUGUCGUUGCGCUUUGCGACGUGCGGUAAAUGGUUUGUGUCGACAGGCAAAGACAAUUUGCUGAAUGCAUGGCGCACACCGUACGGCGCUUCCAUAUUCCAAUCUAAAGAAUCUUCUUCGGUAUUGAGCUGUGACAUAUCGGCCGACGAUAAAUAUAUCGUAACUGGUUCCGGAGAUAAGAAAGCAACUGUUUACGAAGUUAUAUACUAGUAAAUAAUGUAAAAUGAGAAUUUCAUCGUUUCGGUGUUCAUUAGGUGUAGUAGAAAAACUCCAGGUGUUUAUCUAGCGUUUAUUGAACAUUUUUUUGUGAUAAUUAUUUCCAAUCUAAUAUUAUGACUAUUGUGACUUAGUCUAUAAACAUUAAUA